AUGUCGGAAUAUGCCUUCAAAGCCAUAACAGCUGCGAAUAUUACGUCCGUCGGGGUACGGGGGAAGAAUUGUGCUGUCGUCCUGUCACAGAAGAAAGUCCCCGACAAGCUGAUUGACCCGUCCUCUGUUACGCACAUCUUCAAAAUCUCUCCUUCCGUUGGCUGUGUGAUGACCGGGUCCAUAGCGGAUGCAAGAGCAUGUGUCGACCGUGCCCGCGCUGAGGCUGCAGAGUUCCGAUACAAAUAUGGAUAUGAAAUGCCUUGCGAUGUUCUGGCAAAGCGACUUGCCAAUAUCAAUCAAGUCUAUACACAAAGAGCUUACAUGCGUCCUCUCGGUGUCGCCAUCACUCUGAUCUCAGUUGAUUCGGAAUAUGGCCCCCAACUUUACAAAUGUGACCCGGCAGGGUACUAUGUGGGAUACAAGGCGACUGCCUCGGGCCCCAAGCAACAAGAAGCACUCAACCACCUCGAGAAGAAGCUGAAAAACAAGGAUUAUGCAGAAGGCAGCUGGGAGGAUGUUGUCGAGCUGGGAAUCACGACCUUGAGCAGCGUGCUCAGCGUCGACUUCAAGAAAAACGAAUUGGAGAUUGGAAUCGUUGGCGGUCCCCGGACCGAUGGCAAGGAAGGGACAGAUCCUGGAUUUCGAGCGCUGACGGAGGAUGAGAUCGAAGAACGGUUGCAGGCUAUCAGUGAAAAGGACUGA